UCUCUUAGGUGUCUCUCUCUUUGCCCCCUGUGGCCAUAGUUGCGAUAACAAUGUCGAAGACGGUGGUCAUCGACGGGCGGGCCCACAUGCUGGGCCGCCUGGCCUCUGUGGUUGCCAAGCAGAUUCUGGGCGGACAGCAAAUUGUGGUUGUCCGGUGCGAGGAGAUUACCAUCUCCGGUGGCCUGGUGCGCCAGAAGAUGAAGUAUGACCGGUUCCUGCGCAAGCGGAUGAACACCAACCCCACCCGCGGCCCCUUCCAUUUCCGUGCUCCGUCUCGCGUCUUCUGGAGGACCGUGCGCGGCAUGAUCCCCCACAAGACCCCUCGCGGUGCCGCCGCCCUGGAGCGCCUCAAGGCGUUCGAGGGUGUCCCUACCCCCUACGACAAGGUGAAGCGCCUGGUGGUGCCUGACGCCCUGAAGGCGCUGCGCCUGCAGCACGGUCACCGGUACUGCAAGAUGGGCGACCUGUCGGCCGCGGUUGGCUGGAAGCACCAGGCCGCCGUUGCUGAGCUGGAGGAGAAGCGUAAGGCCAAGGCUAAGGCCUUCUACGUGGCCAAGAAGAAGCUCAUUGCUCUGCGGGCCAAGGCCGCUGCUCAGGUCAAGGCGUAAAGCUGUUACGCGUGCCAGCAGGGAGAGAGCCUCGUGUUUGUAACCCCGAUGUGCGUGUC